AUGUUAAAUCAUACAGUAAACGAAAUUCAUUUUUUAGUAUUAUCAACAAAAAGUAUAAUUUCAGUAGAGUUAUUGGUGGAUCAUCCAUCCACAUUUAUUAAUCAAACUGGUAUAAAACAUUGUCGAGGAAUUCUUCUUCACGGACCUCCUGGUAGUGGGGAAACAUUACUUGCUAGAACCAUAUGUCAAGCAUUGAAUGUUAAGCCAAAAGUUGUGAAUGGAUCGGAGAUUUUUUCCAAAAUGCUUGGAGAAUCAGAGGAAAAAAUGCGUGAACUGUUUGCCGAUGCUGAAUUUGAUACACAAGAAGUGGGAGUUACAGGUGCAUUAUACAUUAUAAUAUUUGACGAGAUAGACGCAUUAUGCAAAAAACGAUCAUCGACCAAUAGUUCAACAAGAGAUGCCGUACAAAAUAAUAUCACUAGUCGACUAUUAACUAAAUUAGAUGGAUUUGCUCAAUUAAACAAUGUAUUGGUAAUAGGACGACUUGAAACACUUAUCAAAGUUGAAUUACCAACUGAAAAUGACAGACUGAAAAUUUUUGAUAUAUACACAAAAUCCAUGUUACAAAAUCAUUUACUUGAUAAUGAUAUUGAUAUAAAACAAAUACUUUUUGGUAAGCACGGUUUAACAGGAGCACAUAUUGAAAAGCUUGUUCGGUUGACUGUGAAUAACGCUCUUCGAAGAGAUGUUAUUGAACGUGGUACAUUAGAUAUCGGUGAAGAUUCAGCAGAACAACUCCGAAUUUGUAAUUCAGAUUUUUCAAUUGCAUUAGAAAAGGUUCAAUUAAAGCCAUUAGACUUUUUUAAGGGUGAAACAAAUGAUAUGUAG